AAACCAUUAUUAAGAAAUAGAAUGGACAUUGAUGGGAUUAAAAACAGAGGUCUUAGAACAGUGCUCUUGGAGUUUGGGUGGACCAGGGGGAGCCCCAGAUGGUCCCUCAACUUUGAAGGAUCCUAAUCAAGUCUAUUCUAGUUACUCUAAAUUGGAGGAAUUUCAAAAGCCAGAAGGCAAAUGUGACAAUGGGACUCUAACUUCAAACUGCCUGAGGUGAUGAUCUCAUAAUUAAUCAAGAUAAAGAUUGGGGCCGGAGGCCGCAGCGGAUCCGCGCCGGAACCGUGUUUCGCAACCAGUAUGACAAUGACGUCACUGUUUGGAGCCCUCAGGGCAGGAUUCAUCAAAUUGAAUAUGCAAUGGAAGCUGUCAAACAAGGUUCAGCCACAGUUGGUCUGAAAUCAAAAACCCAUGCGGUGUUGGUUGCAUUGAAGAGAGCACAGUCAGUGCUUGCAGCGCAUCAGAAGAAAAUUCUUCAUGUUGAUAACCAUAUUGGUAUCUCAAUUGCGGGACUUACUGCUGAUGCUAGACUGUUAUGUAAUUUUAUGCGCCAGGAGUGUUUGGAUUCCAGAUUUGUAUUUGACAGACCUCUUCCUGUGUCUCCUCUUGUAUCUCUAAUUGGAAGCAAGACCCAGAUACCAACACAACGGUAUGGCCGGAGACCAUAUGGUGUUGGACUGCUUAUUGCUGGUUAUGAUGAUAUGGGCCCUCACAUUUUCCAAACCUGUCCAUCUGCCAACUAUUUUGACUGUAGAGCCAUGUCCAUUGAAGCCCGUUCUCAAUCAGCUCGCACUUACUUGGAGAGACAUAUGUCUGGGUUUAUGGAGUGCAAUUUGAAUGAACUGGUUAAACAUGGUCUGCGUGCCUUACGAGAGACACUUCCUGCAGAACAGGACCUAACUACAAAGAAUGUUUCCAUUGGAAUUGUUGGUAAAGACUUGGAGUUUACGAUUUAUGAUGAUGAUGAUGUUCCUGGAAGGUCUUGAAGAAAGACCACAGAGAAAGGCACAGCCUGCUCAACCUGCUGAUGAACCUGCAGAAAAGGCUGAUGAACCAAUGGAGCAUUAAGUCACAAACCAGUCUAUAUGUGUAUUAUCAAAUAUGUAAGAAUGCAGGAGCCCUUACUGAUGACAGUAAUCUAUACUUUGAACCAAAAGAUGCAGCGUGGUCUUCUGGUAUGUUUUAGGAAUCGGUCCAGAUGUGUUUUUCCCAAGUAACUUGUCUGAACCAUAUAAUGGUGUGCAUUUUUCUUUGAGAGGGUCUAUAUAAUCAUUUUCUAGAAAGUAUAGUUAUCUGUACUAAUGUUUUUAUAUGAAGAACAUAGUGUCUUUGUGGUUUUAAAGACAACUGUGAAAUAAAAUUGUUUCACCUG